AUGAAGUCAAUUCAACCGAGAACAUUAGUUGCAUGCACAUUUCUAUUAUUGUGCGCCUGUAUGUGUGCAUGUGCUCGUAUCAGAGAACUAGAAGGUGAUUUCUUCUAUUCUAUCUCAUUCAGUUCAUCCACUUGUCAACCAGAAACUAUUCAAUCAAUUGGUUUAAAUAAGAUUAUCUCACCAUUGAAUCCAUCACAACCACUAAAUGGAUCAUGUUUCGAAAGAACUGGUUAUGAAUAUGGUUAUGCCAAAUAUGAAUGCAAUUCUAGAACAGCCACCAUUAAGAAUUUAUGUAAGAAAGGUUGCAAGGAUUGUGUCGACAAUAGUAGCUACGAAUUGUAUCAAUGUAAUUCACUCAAUGAAAUGUAUGGAUGUGGUAAAUUGCCUGAUUUUGUGGUCAAUUCAGAAAAGUAUGGAAUUAAAUUGUUGUGGACAUUGAAUUAUCAACUCCACUUGAAUGCAAAGGAUAAUCAAUGUGGAAGAACAGGUAAUGACAUGUUAGUUGGUGCUUCUGCUUAUAGAACUGACUCUUGCUUUGACAUGUAUGAAUAUACACAAAUGUAUAGAUGCAACUCAACUGAUUUCUCCUCUAUUAAGUAUGCUCCUCGUAAUAUUAGUCCACAAUGCACUAAUUUUGAUAGUCAACAAAUUGGUAAGAUUGGUGCUUGUUCUCAAAAUGAUAAUUCUCUUUCACUUUGCAAUUAAACAUCUUCCUAUUUCAAUUUAACUUAUUCGAAAUAAACCCGUAUAAAAAAUUAUUCAGUAAU